AUGCAUAUUAUACGACGAAGGAAGAUAAACAAUAACGAUUAUGUCAAAAAAGACUUAUGGAGACCCGUCAAGGUCUCUCUAUUGUACUUGAGAGAAUUUUCCGAGACGACUACUCUGCAUGGCAUACGACACGUAGGGCUGUCCAAUAUACAUUUCGUAGAGGUAGGGUUGUGGUUGUUGUGCGUGGUCUUGUCGAUUUACGGGUCUUACAAUUUGAUGUACAAUAGUUACAACAGAUACAAUACAAAUCCAACAGUGAUAACUGUGCAAAAAAAUUACCGAUACUGGUAUAUACAAUUUCCGAGCGCCACCUUUUGUUACGCUAAUCCUGUGAACGAAGAUCUAGCCAAAGCGUACAUAAUCAAGAAGUGGAACGUAAGUUCAGGAGAUAAGUUUGACUACUACAUGAAGUUUAUAAAUGAAGCAGUAAACGUAACAUAUGAAAACACCCAUUUAAUGGAACCCUACGCCAAAGACCCAGAUCUAAAUAAGAUCAGUAUUAAAGAUCUAUCCUCAAAGGUCCACGCUGAGCUUCGUUUCAAGACUACCAUAUUUAACGCCGACUACCAAAAUAUCUCUUUCUACCCCGUUCUAACUGAAAUGGGCGAAUGCUACACAUUUAGUGGUACGAUAACCGACUACUUACGACCAAAUGGAAUCCCACUAAUAAGAAAUAACUAUACGCCACCGUCAUGUAAUUUCUUCAACUCGCUGUGCUACGCGAGAGCUGAGAGCUUGCCUCGAAUUGUUAUGUACUAUGUGCAUUACGCCAAAGAAGUGCCGGACAUAGUGGACAAGUAUUAUGUAGUGAUGGAGAACAUGGAACGGGACACGACAUUCACUUUUUGGGAGAUGACGUCCGCUCCCGAGCUGAAAAGACUUAGCCCGUCGCAGCGUCAAUGCCGUUUCAUGAACGAGCCCAUGGACACUUCGACGCCGGUUUACAGUUACAAUAUAUGUCGAAUGUUAUGCAGGAGGAAAUUGGCGUUAAAGUACUGCGGGUGUGCGCCACAUUUUUACAUGAACCAAGAUAACGUCAAAGAGUGCGAUCUCAAAGGACUGUACUGCUUGUCGCCGUACACGGAAAAGCUGUUGACCCUGCAAAAUACGGACGGCACGCCGGUCGAAUGCAAUUGUCUGAUGACGUGCGAAGACGCCAAACUGUUUUUGGACAGAGAUUCCCGGCGUACUUGGUCGUAUCCAGUGCCGUGGGACAUCCGUUUCCGAUGGGCCAUUGACAAAUAUAGUAAGACGCGGUUGCGCCGCGACGUCAUCUAUAGCUUCGAAGAUUUACUGGUUUCUUUGGGUGGCACCGUGUCCUUUUUCCUUGGAUGCAGCGUACUGUCGUUCGUCGAAAUCGCCUACUUCUUCACCAUCAGGCUCUUUUGGUUUUUAAUUCGCCGGAGGGACAAUUAA